GGCUUUCACCUGUCCAGUCACGUCUGAUAUAUGAUUACGACUUCAAGAACCGGGAAAGGGAAACGAUGAUUGAUGGGCUGCACAGAUGGGCGGCAUUAAUGAAUGCACAUGCCUGACUUCAAUCAAAACAUUACAGGUGCCCCGACUAUAAAAUGCCACCUACAUUUUAUAGCAGUCCUUUACGACGAAGAGUACGAAAGUAUUUAGACUAGGGUAACGCACACAAUUAUUACAUUCAAAUUCGAGCACUAUACUCUUAGAGGCUUCUUUGGGUGAAGUGUAUCUGUUAGUUGAAGCUAGUUGAAAAUGGUGAAGGAGAGAACCCACAUAAACGUGGUCAUCAUAGGCCAUGUUGAUAGCGGAAAGUCAACCACCACUGGUCACCUGGUCUACAAAUGCGGUGGUGUCGACCCAAGAACAAUCGAGAAGUUUGAGAAGGCUGCAGCCCAGAUGGGAAAGAGCUCUUUCAAAUAUGCCUGGGUGUUAGACAAACUGAAAGUUGAGAGGGAGCGGGGAAUUACCAUUGACAUUUCAUUGUUGAAAUUCAACACACACAAAUACACUAUCACGAUAAUUGAUGCUCCAGGCCAUCGUGACUUCAUCAAGAACAUGAUCACAGGGACAUCACAGGCUGAUGUUGCCCUCCUGGUCGUGUCUGCGGCCAAAGGGGAGUUUGAGGCUGGUAUCUCCAGGAAUGGCCAGACCAGGGAGCAUGCCUUGCUCGCCUACACGCUUGGUGUCAAGCAAAUCAUUGUCGCUGUAAACAAAAUGGAUGUGACUGAGCCACCAUACAACCAGAAGCGCUUUGGUGAAGUGGUCCAAAGUGUGAGCACUUUCCUCAAAAGAAUCGGUUAUGAUCCCACUGCUGUGCCUUUUGUUCCGAUCUCUGGCUGGACCGGUGAGAACAUGCUUGCCCCAUCUCAGAAAAUGUCCUGGUUCAAAGGCUCUAAAGUCAAGAAAGGGCAUGCAAAUGGGAGAACGCUACUUGAAGUCCUGGACUCCAUCCAUCCACCAGUGCGUGUUGCCAACAAGCCUCUGAGGCUGCCCCUGCAGGAUGUAUACAAGAUUGGAGGAGUGGGCACAGUUCCAGUGGGGAAGAUCGAGACGGGGGUCCUGAAGCCCGGCAUGACCCUGAUGUUCUCUCCCGCCAAGCUGACUGCCGAGGUCAAGUCCAUUGAGAUGCACCACGAGGGUCUGCAGGUGGCUGGGCCUGGCCACAACGUGGGCUUCAACAUCAAGAACGUGUCUGUAAAGAACCUCCGUCGUGGUGAUGUGGCGGGGAACGCCCAGCAUGACCCUCCCUCUGAUGUCAACAGCUUUGUGGCACAGCUCAUAAUCCUGAACCAUCCUGGCAAAAUCAAGACUGGCUAUUCUCCCGUACUGGACUGCCACACCACUCAUGUGACCUGCCGCUUUGCAGAGCUGAGGGAGAAGAUUGACCGUCGCACAGGGAGGAAGCUGGAGGACUUCCCCCAGACCCUGCAGUCUGGUGAUGCUGCCACUGUCAAGAUGAGCCCCAACAGACCCCUCUGUGUGGAGAGUUUCUUCACCUACCCUCCUUUAGGUCGGUUUGCAGCGAGGGACUUGAAACAGACUGUUGCUGUGGGAGUCAUUAAGUCGGUGGAUAAGGACCAUGGAUCAAAGAAGCAUGCACAGAAAGGCCAAGUCUCAAAAUAAAUGCAUUUUUAUUAUACCAGCAGUUCUGGUAUGAAAGAGCUUGAGGAUAAAGCUUUAAGUUGACUAUUGUUUGCGUAUAUAUAAUUUGUUGCAAUACAAAGCACUGUUUUUGAAGAAAAAAAAAAAACCUGCUUAGCUUGUACUACCAUCUGGAGUAAUUUAAACAAUUGAAUGGCCUGUCUUAGACAAAUGUAAAAGGUUGUGCAAAAAGCUUCUGAUGAAUAAAAGUCCUUUCACAAUUA